AGGGAGAAUGUAUACUUUUUCUUAGAUAAAGACCUAUACCUUGCAGUUGCAGUCUAUCAGUCGGCACAGAUAUUUAAUUAUAGACCCUUUCCUUCAUAAAAUUGGGCGCGAUGCAACUCCUAACUCCAAAGCUAAUAAACUAAAUGGAUUUUUUCGUGCAUAAAUUACUGACAAGAAGAUCGCUUUUACGCACGCGGCCUUUAUCUAAACUCACAUGAAGCCUAAAAGCACACUUUUUACUCUGGCUAGAACCACAGAUACUAGAACAUAGGCAGGUAUCCAGUAUCCAGGGCCGUAAAAUAAAAAUAAAUUGAAUAAAAAAAAGAUAUUUGAUUUUGAUGUUGAUGAAUGAGUGAAUGUAUUUUUAUUUUUAUUUACAAUUCAAUUUCUUCUUAUGUCUUAAAUAUUUUUAAAUUCAUCAAAUAUUUAUAACAUUAAAAUUACGUGUAAAUUCCGAGGAAUAAAUACGUUCAAUAAUAAUGGAUUCUCCAGAUAUAUCACAAGAAACGAAGGAAUCAAAUUCUCCAAAACCCAAGAACACUCUGACUGAGGAAUACGCGAAUUUACAAGAACAAGUGAUAGCAAACUUCCAGAAACACAACUUGCCUAAUGUCAACGUACCGGAGAGGAUUAUUAUAUGCCUAGAUGUUUGUUAUGAAGAUAAAAAUUCCAUCUUUAGGCUAAAUGAUGGUACCACCUAUACACGAAUUAACAUGUUGAAGAGAGUUUUGGAUUUCUUUAUAUACUCUAAACAUGCUAUUAAUAAGAAAACAGAAUUUGCUUUGCUUGCCCUUAAAAAUUCAGAGGCAUUGUUUGUACAAAACUUUACAAACAACAUCAAAGACAUUCUAAAUGCUGUCGAUUAUGUCAAUAGUGAAGAUAGUACGUCUGAAAGCUUUGAUUUCCAGAAAAUCUUUCAGAUACUGCAAGAUGAGGUUGAAAUACCUGAAUAUAAACAAGCUGAGUGUAUAUUACCUCCUCCAUAUGUUGUACGCAUGAUUGUAUUGUAUGCACGUUCAAACUGCAUUCCAAUAAUCCCCCAUGAAGAGAGCUAUUUUAAUUAUCUCAAGAAGCAGUUGUAUUUCUAUAUAGAUAUUCUGUUAGUGCACAAAGAGGAUUGUGCUCUUCAUAAAUGUGAGGAAGUUUAUGACUCCCUUCAAGAUUUGGAUAAUGGUUAUUCAUAUGUAUUUGAAGUGUCAAGGAAUGCAACUAAAGUACACGAUUGUAUUGUUAAAUUGCUCGCACAUCCUUUACAAAGACCCCUGCAAAAAAAUACAGAUUAUUCAUUUGGGUCUAAGUAUUGACAGAUUUGUAGACUGUAUGUUCAAUUCUAUAGUACAACCCUGAAAAGGGGUGAGACUUGUCCAUAAAUCAUCAGCAAUGUAUGUUUUAAGGUCGUAAUAUUUAUCUGUGUCAACACAUAUUUAACUGGUGCAUUGACUUGUUGUACAACAAUAAAGUACAAGUGCUUCCACUAAGUGUAAAAAGUGUGUACAAAUUUCAUUCUGGUCACAACACAACACUUCUGACUAAUAAAAUUAAUUGUUAUUGAUGUAUAAAGAUUUAAAAUACACUUUCAAAGCAAUGGCUUAAUUUUGUUGAAAAAAAGAGCCCUUUUAAAGAUUGUUCUUCUGCUCCUGCAACCUGCUUUCGACAUUUUGUUCCCCGUCUUCCAUACAGAAUCAGAAUUAAAAUUUUGAAGAAGUAGGAAUUGCAUCUGUACAGUUGUCAGGGAGUCCUACAUUUGCAUGAAAAUCUAAACAACCAUCCAAAGUGAUUCAAAAGAAAAUCUUAAUCCAAAAUUUUUAUAAAAUAUGUGGAUAUGGAUUAGCAAAAUUCACUCAUGGAAUUAUGAACUGCAGGAAUAUAAGGAAUAUAAGUGAAAGUGAAAGUGCCUACUUUUCACAAUGAAAGUAGGCAGCUUUAAUUAAUGUAAUUCUUAUUGGUCCAGUUGUUUUACUUGCAACAUAAACACUAGCCCUUGCAACAUUUAUAACUAGCCACAAGGAAUGGAUAAAAUAAGUUUAUAACACAUUUGCUCGUUAAGUAUCUCUUAUUUUACCAAUUUUAAUAUUGUAAUGUAUCUAAUUACUCACAUGUGUAAUGUAAAAUGCACAUGUGACGUAAUGUAAUAUAAAACCUUUUUAAGAUUUUAGCAAAGAGGUUUUAUGUCAGAAAAAUGCUAAACAUUUUAUGAAUAAAAUUAAUUUUGUCUGAUAAAAUAUAAUGAAAAAAUAAACAUUAAAUAAUUUUGACAAUAAAUGACAACCUGUAACAGAAAACAAAAUCUGUUACAGAAACACAAAAAAUAUUAAUUUACUCUAUUACUGGCUGUUUUUAGUGCAUUUGCCUAAAAAAACGCACGCAUUACGCUAUCUGUGCAAAAAAGACAAGCGUAUCAAAAUGUCAUCAUAUGGAACACAGGCAAAGAUGCAAAUUCAUUUUCAGAAAGUGUAUUCAAAGCUUGUUUCAUCGCAAAUGUGUUAUAAAACGUCGUAUGACAUAUGUGCGCUUUGAUAGUUACAGCCUCUACUUCCAUAGUAUAGCUCUCGCCUUUGGCUCGAGCUGCAAUAUCGCCUCAGCUGAAAUUUCCAACUUACCACACUUAUAUGAUAAUGUACUAUUUUGUAUAAGAUGUCUACAUUAUAUAGGAAAGUAAUUACAAUAUUAUCUUUGAAUAAUAUCAAGGUACGGUAAAGUGUAGGAAAGGUGACUAUGAAGCAAUUGAAAUUGGCUACAUUUGAAUAAGCUUGAAUUUCAAUUCACUUCAUUUUCAUAUUCAAUUAAAUAAGCACACAGUUUUCACAAGCUCAAGGCAAACAUUUUUAUUUAAAACAAAAUAAAACUAAUCAAACUGUACAUUUUUUUUGUAAAUAAAAAAAUAAAAGCAUAUUAUAAAUAAAAGAAAAAAAUAAAGUUUUACAAAAAUGUUUAGAUUUUUUUCAAUACAUUUUGUGAUAAAUAUUUGUAAGUUGAUCAUAUAAAUACAUAAUAUACUAAUAAUCAUAAUCAACCAUCACUAUCUACAUUUAUUCUUUAUUCCCUAAAAGUAAAAUUUGAUCAAUUAAAAAGUAAAAUCUGUAAACAAUUUUAUGCAGAUAGCAGACAUUUAUGUUUAUUACAAGUCUUGAUUGUGUUAACCAAAACAUUGUACUUCAUAUAUGACAUGUUAACAGAGAGAUCAAUUUGUUGGCUAUGAAACCAUUCUGGUUCACAUAAACAAAAACAUUAGGAAGUUAAUUAACAAAAAGAUAAAAAAGUCAAAUAUUUUAACUUUAGUUAGUAAUUACUUUUUAUUUGUUGUUAUUUCUGGUAACACAAUAAAGACUUGUUUGUAUCUAUGAAACUUCUGCCAUAUCAAACAAAAAAUAUACAAAGUGUUUAUAGAACUUCACUAAAGUAAUCUAGGCAAAUGAUAAAACAUACAAAGAGCUUGUUUUAAGAAAUAUAUCAAGGGUAAUACUAUCAAUGUAUUUCAUAAAUCUUUCAUAGAAUCCGUUUCGAUUCUACACAUUACUAUACAAUAGCAUGGUGUAUCUGUGAUCCCAGGCGCUUUUGUGUGAGCCCCAAGAUUUGACACUGGUUGAUUUAUAUAAGAAAUAAAUAACUUCACUUAUCAGUCUCAAUACUUUAAAAUCUAUUUACAAUAUUGUUAUAAAUUCAGCCAAAGUCAAACAUACCGAGUCUACAUGAAGCCUUAAAGAAAAAAAUAUAAAACAAGCUAAACAAUAGGGUAGUUGACUUAUAUCAAAUUUAAUAUAAACAAUAUUAAUUUCAUGUAGUACAUGGAAUAAGGGUCCUAAAUAUAUUGAUAUCAAUUAUUAAAAGUGGAUUUCUUUUAAAACUUAAUUUAAAUAUCACGUAUUUUUUCAAAUUUUUUUUUUUGUCAAAAACGCUGCCGUCCAUUUUGUGACGUCACUAACACCCUUGACGUACUAAACGUCGAACUAAUUGAUAACUAAUAUUUUUGUCAAACGCUCCAUUUAUAUGGGAUUUCUUGUAGUGACGUCAUGAAACAGUUGAAAUAUAGACUGUCAUGGCCGACAGGCGUUUUGGCUCGUAUUGUAAAAAAACAUAUUUAAAAACCAAUAUUUUCAUGUAACCACGUCUCAAAAAAAUAUGAAAAAAAAAAUUUUUGUCUAGUAGAACAAUAAUGAAUUAUUUAAGACCAUUUAAAAAAAGUGUCAACUAGCCUAUUAUACCACAUAAAUUAUUUCCCAAAUAAACAAUAUUCUAAUAAAACAUGGAAUGAUAACAAACCUUCAUUCAGUUUGUAAUGAAACUAAUAGUUAUAUAGAGAGAACAAUUAAAGCAAUAUACCUUUAGCUUGACAGCCAAGACUUCAUAAAAGAUGCAAAAUAGUAAAAUUAUAGUUUUUAAUGCUUUCAAAUCAUCUUGCUUUGUGGCAUUGAUUUUUAUAAAAUAUCAAUGUUUCAACCGUUAUCAUUUAUUUAGAUUAACAUUAUAAUAUAUUGUUGAGAACCACUAGAGUGGGGCUAAUUGUUCUAUACUAAUGAAUAUGUUAAACAAUACUUGCUUUUAAGCAUAUUUGUUUUUAACAGUGGAAUUCAUAGACGUUGUAGGGGCACCCCCAGGGUAUCAUUCAGCCUCUGAGUGUCGCAUUUUACUUCUAUUUAUUUGAGAAUUUGACACUCAGCGGGUGAAUGAUCUCCUGGGGUGAAAUUCAUAGCCGUUGUAGGGGCACCCCCAGGGAAUCAUCCACCCGAUGAGUGUUCCCCUGAAUGAUCCUCUAGGGAUGCCCCUACAGCAUCUAAAUUCCACUGUAAGUUAACCAUUUAUUAUUUAUAAAUACAAUUUGAUUUCUUUUAAUUGCAUAAUUCGAUUGUUUUAAAUCUUAGUUAGCUCUUGAAUCAUGGUAUUAAAGCAAAUUACUCAAGGAAGACAGGACUAGAUGAUUUGAUAUUUUAUAUAUGUAACUACUGAUAUUCUAAUAAUUGUGUGUACUCAAAAGUCAAAACAUUGCUUGUUACUACUUGUUAACUUUUACGCUAAUAAUAAUAACAUUUCCUGUUAUUUAAUGAUAAAAAAAUGAAUACUAAAUUACAGCAAUCGAAAGUCUAUAUUUACUCAUCCUAAAAAACAGAAUUCAAGUGUUUUAUUACAUAAAUUAUUUUAUUACACAAUUAUUAACCUAAAAUACUUUCGACUUUGUGAUGUUUAAGCGACUUUUUAGGUUUCCAUAAACCUUUAUUUAAAUUUAAACAAAAUUAAUAUAAAAUAUUAAUGUGUAAAUUUUGUCAGAAUAUUUCACAAAGUGGUACAGUAGGAUGCAAUCUUUAAUACUUCUCGGAUAUCCUGCCGCCGCCCCUCUAUGUUACCGUUGAUAUCUAAAAGCUUGUAUUGCACAGCUUAUCGCACAAUGUUCAGAAACGUUAAAGAUUGCAUGCUAUUGGUGAAAAGCUAUGAUAAAUUUUAUACAUGAAUAUUUGUGUUAAAAGCCAUUAUGUGAUGAUAAUUUUAGUAAGUAUUUUAUCUCGAAAUUUUUUGUAUCACAAGAUUUUUCCUUUUUUAGUAAAUCGGCGAAACACAUUUACUGCAUACUCAACAGCAAUGGAAUGUGGUCGUGAUGUAACAUUCAGUCUUAUAACAAAGUUGAAACAACACAGUUUCUAUAUAUAUUCUAUACCGUACUACAUUACCAUUCAACUUGAAGUUCCCUAAGUUUACAAUUAAGACUUUAAGUAAUCAUAAUUUUAUUUUUAAUUUAUAUUAAAUUUAUUACAAACAAUUACUUAAGUGAAUACCAAGAGAAUACUUAAGUGAAUGCAGUCGCACUCUGCUGGUAUAAGUAAUGCAGAAGUUGUUUUCGAAAUAGCCAUAUAUAAUAGUAUAGUACAUAGGUCCUUUUAUAACUAAAAUAAAAGUUAUGUAUAACAGUGUAUGUCAAGAUGAAAUUUUUAACCCAAUUGUUUUUUUUUCCACAUGUAAGAUAUUUAUUUAGUUUUACUUAAAUCCUGGUAAUAAUAUUAAGUAUGUAUAUAUUCUAUAAGUAUAGUGUCUAAAUGUACAAAAUACUUAAUCACAAAUUACAAAAUUAUAACAUUUCCUUUUA